AUGUACUCCAGGGGCGGCGGCGGCCAUGGAAGUCCUCCGUUGGAUGCUUCAGGGCAACUGGGUCGUGGCGGGACCAAGGAGCCUGGUCCCGUGGAAGGUCCCCUCCGCGGCAAGUUUGUGGUGCAGGUGGUGACGGGGCGUUACCACACCAUGGCCGUCACUGAGGAUGGGGAGCUCUACUCCUGGGGCCUCAACGACUGGGGGCAGCUGGGCCGGCCCGCGGUGGGAGCCACGUCGGACCCCGGCCUGGUGUCCCUACCUGGCGGCGUCCGCGUGGUGGGUGCUGCUGCCGGUCGCUAUGUGAGCAUGGCGGUGGACGAUUCAGGACGGCUGUACACUUGGGGACAUGAUGGAUGCUCCAACGGCGGAAAGCUGCCUGAGCGGAAUGAGGCCUACAAGCCGAAACUGGUCAGCGGAGAACUGGCAGCCAAGCGCGUGGUUGAGGCUGUCGCUGCGGGCCGCGAGCACGCCGUGGUGUCCACUGCUGACGGCAAGGUGUUCACGUGGGGCGGCAGGGAGCUGCUCAUCGGCAGGGAGGGGAACUCCAGGGAACCUGCGCAAGCACUGGUGAGAGAGCGAUCUUCUGUUGAGGUUGAGUGCUACUCCACAAGCCGUGGCACUGUUUAA